AGAGAAAGUUAAAGGUACCUGGUCGGUUCGAGGACUUUAAGGAACAAAUAGGAGCAAAACAAAGAGAGUGCGCCAUUCAAAAUCUCAAGGUCGAAGAAGGAGAGUGAGUUCUUCUCAGUUCUCAACUUCUUGGUGGCAACGAAAGAACAGAGUUGAAGCAGAUAACUGAGAUAAGGCCCUCAAGUUCGUGGGGUAAGGUAAAAGUUUAUUCCUUUAUUCCUUCAAUGCCCUUGGGCAUGUUCCAAUUACCUGAUUUACCUCCAAAGACGACAACUUUGAUGACACAAAAUGGUUGGCAUAACGGUAAUCACACUUCACCCCCACUUUAUACACACUCCUCUUGUUGCUACACUUCGGUUUUGAGAAACAUAAACAAAUGGCGAGCACUCUGUUGUCUCUACACAGCUUUUUUCCGAUCCAUAGGAGGAGGGAAGAGAUUGGAAAGUUGAGUGCUUUCAGGACUUCAUUUGGCGGACAAGUUUUGUGUAAUCCAAGUUUCUGUGGGACACAAAUAGCUAUUAACAACCAUGGAAACCGUUUAGUUGUUAACUCACUGCUUGGAAGGAGGGUGAAGAGUAGGACCAGAGAAACAGUGGUUCCAGAACCAGAUUAUAGGAUUCCAAUUGUGCUACUUGGAGUUGCUGGUGGGUUGGCCUAUACAGAGAAUUUGGUACCUGCAGUUCCUGUUGGCCUUCUUGGAUUGCUUCUCUUGGUUCAGGCCACUAGAGUGAGAUUCGUCUUUGGUGAUGAGGCUCUGGAAGUAAGGAUAGGUGACCAGCUUGAGGAAUCAGGAGAAAAUGCAUUUGUGGGAGGAAAAAACCGCUGGAAGUACUCAACAUUUGUUAAUUGGGAAUUCUGGUGGCCUAACUUCCCUAUUUUAGUCUACUUCAAGGAGACACAAACAAAGCCUGAGCGACAAAUUCAUUUCUUCCCAAUAAUCUUUAAUGGGAAGCAGCUUUAUGAUGUUAUGGUGGAAAGAGCAGGACCUUCAAAAAGUAGUGGUCCAAAAGAAUCCUAAAGAGCUAGCUGUGUGAUUAGAUCCUCAGAUAUUAAGAGUUCCUGUUACUCCUGCACAUUGCUCUCUGUUGAUUCAAAUUGCACACAAAUUGAAGCUAAAGAAUUCAUUCAAUGUUGACCAAGAAGAUAAAAUUCGUUCAAUAAUAUUCUGGAGUCUUGUUGGAACAUAUGUGGAUACUUUCGGUUUCCAUUGAUAUUGAUCAAUUGUAUUUGGCUAUUUGCCAUCAUAGAAGGUGUAUCGAAUAACGUACACAAUACCUAUGUAUAGAUUCUGUUCUGUUGGCUGCUACAGAUGAUAGGUUCACUCUAUAAUUUAUACGUCCAUAUUGUUUUAUGACACCAAAAAUGAUAUCAUGAAUUUUAAUUUUUAAAUCCUUUUCAUA